UGCCACCAGUACUAUCAAAACUGGCUUCGGCGGCUUCUGCAGCCGUUGUACUGUUGGCCGUGGGAGUUUCUUGCCGCAAGAAGAAACGGACGACGAGGAGGAGGCGAAGAUACUGGACGAGAAAAUGGAUAUUGCGGAGGCCAUUAAAAGGGGCAUAUAGCCUUUUAAUGGACGAGUUGCGUCUUGAGGACCCUGCCUCAUACAGAAACUACCUGAGAAUGGAUGAGCAGACCUUUAAUGAACUGUUGGUAAAGAUGUCCCCACUGAUUACCAAAGCGGAUACAAACAUGAGGGAGGCCAUUUCCCCUGGCGAGAGAUUGGCAUUAACCCUCCGGUUUCUCGCAACAGGUGAAACAUAUCAGAGUAUGGAGUAUUCUACCAGAGUCAGUGCAACCACUAUCGGAAGAUUCGUGCCUGAGGUGUGCAGACAUUUAUAUGAAUGCCUAAAAGAAGACUACCUGAAGCUACCUUCAACGGAAGAAGAAUGGCUGGUGAUCGCAAAAGGGUUUGAAACACGAUGGAACUUUCCACAUUGUCUUGGGGCCCUUGACGGGAAACAUGUUGUCUUCCGUUCACCACUUAACCAGGGAUCAUACUUUUACAACUACAAGGGUACACACAGUCUUGUUCUGUUUGCUCUUGUUGAUUCAGACUACAAAUUCCUACUAAUGGUGGAUGCGGGAACCAACGGUCGUGUGGGAGAUGGUGGAGUCUUUCGGAAAAGUGACCUCAACUCGGCGAUGAAAGAUGGAACCAUAAAUUUCCCUCCGCACGAACGUUUAACAGGUGGUCAAAUGGCAGUCCCCUAUUUCAUUGUGGGCGAUGACGCGUUCCCAUUGCAAAAAGACUUAAUGAAACCGUACCCAUUCCGUGAUAUGGAUAUUUCCAAAAGGACUUUAAAUUAUCGACUGAGCAGGGCUAGACGUGUUGUUGAAAACGCCUUUGGAAUUCUAGCUAAUAGAUUCAGAGUGUUCUUAGCACCAAUUCUGUUGUCUCCAGAAAAGGUUGAAAUUCUCAUUCUAGCUGCAUGCGCCCUUCACAAUUUUCUACGUGUUAAAAAAACAAAUUCAUUCUAUCCUCCUGGAUCGCUCGACCGGGAAGAUACUGCACGUGGUACUGUAUGCCAAGGUCAUUGGAGGAAUGUGAAGAAGUCCAAAGAUGCAUAUGUGGACGUGUCUGUGCAAAGUGGAAACAGAACGACCUAUACAGCACAGAAUAUCAGGGAUGAGUUGCGUCGAUACGUCAACAGUGAUGACGGACGCGUACCUUGGCAGAAUAAGUUCAUUAAAAUGAUUACUCCGACCCGCAUUCUAUAAAGGUAGCUUGCAGGUUGUGUAUGUUUUAGUAGGUUUUAUGAUUCUUGUAGCAUAAAACAGGUGUUCCUAAAAAACUGAUUAAUGUAAACCUUUGGUCAUUUCGGGCCUGAAAUCUGUAAAAUCAGUACUUGUUCAAAAUUGGUAAAAUGUAUGCAAGCUCCCCUAAAUAAGAACCGAAUAGAAAAAUUACCUCGUAAGUGGUUUCUUCAUUAUCAUCUACCAUGUCUACGUUCUUGCGGGAUUUCGCCAUUGAACUUGUGCUUGUUCGUGGUUGAACGUGGUCUUUCAAGAAAUGUAGUUUUUUAAACCACCAAACAGUUGGAGUGUACUGGUCAUCUGUCCCAGCGCCCGACUUCUUUUUACUUUUCAUUUUCUCAAGCUCUUGCGAAUAGCUGCUCCGAAGGCCAUUAAUUUUUUUCUUUACGCCAUCCACGGUGCAAUCGGAACGAUGAUUCUGGAGCUGUUCCACAAUUUCCUGGUAGGCCAACUCCUUCUUUAUCCUGUUAUGAUAAUUCGGAUCCUUUACAUCAUAAAGUUCACCCCGGAGCCGAUAUUCCUCAAUGAGGAUG